AUGCGUUCUGUUAUCAUCCUUUCCGCUCUGGCUACUGCCGUUAUGGGCGCCAAUUCCACUGAUUCUGCCUACACUCUUCCUGCUGGAUUCAAUCCUGGUUUGGUGGAAAGCAGCGAGCGGAGCACCUGGUGCUUUGCCCAGCGUAACACUUGCCCUCAGAUUUGCGAGAAGGGCACCAAGCUCAACUCAUGCGACGCUUCCACUUUGCAGUUCACCUGUGUCUGCAGCGAUGGUUCCAUCCCCGAUGUGUCCCCCUACAAGGAGACCGUUCCUUUCUACGUCUGCCAGGCCGCUUUUGGCCAGUGCAUCGCCUCACACCCCAACGAUGCCGAGGGUCAGCGCGCCUGCAAGAAGGCUGCUGUCUGUGGCACCAAGAAUGCCAGUGAGAUAACCACCACUGCUUCUUCUACUAUGUCUUCCACCACUCUGGCCAUGGCCACUGCGACCGAGUCUUCCAGCUCCGAAACUUCCUCCGUGGCUCCUGCCAGCACUACCACUAACGCCGCUGUUGCUCUCGGUGACCUGUCUCAGUACUCCACUGGUCUGAUGGCUGGACUCAUGUUCCUUGCUGCACGCAUGGUCCUGUAA